AGGUUCCGGGCAACGCAACCGUUGCUCAGUUGUAUUGUAGUUGUUGCUUUACACAAGCUUGGAUAUAAAAGGGAUAAAGAAGAGACAGGAAAAUCUUUUUUCAAGAUGCUGUCAGUGUUCCUGAUAUGGUCCACCCUGUUCCGGGAAGUAGCGUUAGUGUCAGCAGCUAAGUGUAAAAUGGCUGUUGAAGCAGCAAAAGCAGUCACUGCGGCUCAUAAUAGACUCAGAGCAAAUAUUGCAACACGCAAACUGGAUAAAACGACUUUUGGAAACCUACCUGGAUCGAAGAGCCUUUUCAAGCUGGAGUAUGAGUGCACUCACGAAGUCUUAGCCUCGCAAGUUAUUGGACAGCAAUGUAAAUAUUUACCAUUAAGCAAGAAAUUGUCAGCAAAAGGACAUAACUUCAUAACGUACAGAAGAAAUAAAGAGCCCGACAGUGCUAUGCUGAUAGAGAUGUUUGGGCUCGCCGUGCAUGACUGGAGCGAUACAGUCCAUGAAGGGGGACCUCUAAGUUCGAGUGUGGUAUACUCCAGCGAUUCCAUGGAACCUUUCGCAAAUAUGAUCUAUAACAGGACAUUGCAUUUUGGAUGUGCUUAUCGGUUCUGCAAGGCUAAAAAGAAAGUCGCUAUUGCGUGUGCAUACGAGAAAAAGAGAGGCUGCUUUAAAAAUAAAUCGUGCAAGAAGAUAUUCAAAAACGCUGUUUGUGCGGUUGACAACGGCGAAAUUGGCCCUCUUUGUGAGCUGCAUUCGACAAGUUUGACAGCUUCACCAACUAAAAUAUCUUCUGCUUUGCCAAAUGAAACAGCAGUCGCUCCUAAGAAACGCGUGUCUUUAGCAGAAAUCAACGAAACUUCCACUGUGUUAUCCACAACAGCAGAGAAUGCAAGUUCGACGUAUUUGUCCUGGUUCUGUGUGGCUCAGCUACUUCUAUUGUCAGGAUUGACGAAGAUUAUCAGUGCAAUCUGAGAACUUCAAAUAAGUCUGUAUCUGUU